AUGCGGCUGCUGAUGCUCAUGAUGGUGAUGGGAGGUGGCGCGCUCGCACAUUAUGGAGAGAUGUUGAGUCCCAGAUUCUACCCAGGAACUGCUGUAGGUGGGCUCUUGGCAAGAGCUGGAGAGCAAUGUCAAUUGCCAAAUUCACAUACAUGUCUCGAGGUCAACGCCACUGAGUCUUGCUGCGAGAAUACACAAUUCUGCUUAAUAAACCUCUCAUUCCAGGCUGCUUGCUGUCCUCUGGGCUCGGAUUGUGGGAACCUAUGUUCUACGGAUGCUUAUAUCUGCAAAUCAACCAUAACUGUGUCUGGAACUCCAACUAUCACCCGCGCAUGCUGCCCACGGUCCUGUUCUGGUACUCUUUACAAAUGCGCCGCCACACUCGGAGGAAAUUGCUGCCCAUUCGGAUCAGAUUGUCAAUCUGAUGGAAAAUGCAUUGCUCCAAGUACGAGUAGUGGACCUGCUACUACGGCCAUACCGAGCGGAUGUACAAGCAAUCAAUUUGCAUGCGCGACAGGCCAGGGAGGUGGAUGUUGCGAUAAUGGUAUGCGAUGUACGGUCUCAGACAAUACCAACUACUGCGCUAUGUCUGCUGGGACAUCUCUUGUGACAAGGACCGGCACUUCAGGUAUCCACGCGACAGCCGUACCAGAUGAUCCGCCGAAUAAAGGUCUAUCAACAGGCGCGAAGGCUGGCAUCGGAGUAGGUGUUUCUCUAGGUGUUCUUCUUAUCAUUGGAGCCCUUCUGUACUUUUUCGUAAUUCACCGACACGAGUCCGCUGAGAGAGAGAGUCAAAGACGGGAAGGUUCGCAACCAAUGAGUCAACCGGCUGGCUCAACAGUCGGAGGGGGUGGAAGUGAGCAAAACGGAAGCAAACUCGGCGUCACAAAAAGGCCAACGGUCCCAAGGGAGAAUUCUCAACCUUCAGAUUACUUUGGACCUUCUGCUGUUCCUGGGCCCUUUACCGACCGCAACAGCGCUAUUCCUGGAGGCAGUCCGGGAUAUGAUAGAGGUGUACCAGCUCAUCCACAAAGCCCUGGAGAUAUUGCAAGCCCUGUAGAAAUUGAUUCGAAUCUGGCUUCACCAAACCGCGAUUACCCCAGUGUACCGGGAACAGUCGAACAUCGUGUAGAAUUACCCUGA